AUGGCUCUCGUAUUAAAGAUAUUUGGAGGUCAAUGGGCAUUCUCAGGUUACAUUUUGGUGUGUUUAUUGUUGCCCGCGCCCCUCCUGGGCCCGUCCGGGUCGAGACGACGCGCGCCCCUCGCGGACACUUACCCUGGCGGCUUAGCGUACUUUGGGGCGUCUCCCAGCGUCCCGGCGGGAAAGGGGCGGGGUGGGGCGGGGCGGCCGCCCGAGGACCGGGCGGGGCGGACGGGCGGCGCACCACGUGAUGCCAGCCGAAGCCUAGCCACGCCCCCUAGGCCGUGCUGGACCAUUCGCGCAGGCGCGGCUAGGCUCAUUCCUGGCGCUCACGCAGAAAGUAAAGGAAAUCCAAGGAAGAGGAGGCAGGAGUGGGGGAAACAGAGAAAGAAAAUGGAGGACACCAAGAGAACAAGACCUCUAAAACAUCUGAGCAAAGCUCAUGAACUCACGGAGACUGAAGCAGCAGGCCCAGGACCUGCCCAGGUACUGGCCCUAUGCUAUGUCAGCCUGAGGGAGCUACCCAUCUGCCACAGGGCCUGUGAACCUGCCUCUGUCACACCUCCCUGGCCUUGGAUGUCCCUCCUCCUCCAGCCUGGACCUGAGUCACCUACCAGACUGCUGACCUGUGAAGCAUUAUAUUUGGCACAUGGCCACAAGGGAUAUCCCCAGGUUGCAAAGUUCCACUCUCUACGCUCCAACCAGCUGAGAUAUAUCAGGUACUAUGGAGCCAGUGGUGCCAUUUGGGAAAAGCUUAGAAUCCUUAAAGAUGGAGCCUCCUUGGAUGAAGUGAAUCGCCGUGGAGGACUUUUAGACUUUGAAGUCAGCCCUGCUUCAAUUAACUCUCUGCCUUCUGAUUAUGGAUUGUGAAUACAAUGCGACAAGCUAGUCCCCUGCACCUAUAGCUGUCCCUUCCCUGCUAGCUUCCACCUCUUCUUUAACAUGAUUCAAUGAUUCACUAUAACCAGAAGCCACAAUAAACUGCUCCUCCAUUAAA